AUGAGUAAUUCAACGGCUUCAAACGAUCCCCCACUAUUUGUAUCCACAGAAACACCAGAAGAACGUAAGAAGCGAUUUCUAUUAUCUCAUGAUGUUCAAUAUGAAAGGGAGAGGGAUAAAGAUGAUGCUACAAAACGUUUUCAAUAUUUGUUAGGUUUAUCUCAAUUAUUUCGUAAAUUUAUUGAUUUAAAUGCAAGUAAAGAUGCAGAAUUUAAGAAAAGAGUUCGUCAAGUUGAUUCAUUACAAAAGUUUAAAGAAAAAGAAAAGAAAACUAAAUCUAAAAGAAGAAGAAAAACCGAAAAAGAAGAAGAUGCUGAAUUGUUACAAGACGAAGAACAUCAAGAUGAAGAAGAUCAGCAGCAUACUGUUUUUACUGAAUCUCCAUCUUAUGUUAAAGAAGGUAAAUUAAGAGAAUAUCAAAUCCAAGGUUUAAAUUGGUUAAUAUCCUUAUAUGAGAAUAGAUUAAGUGGUAUAUUAGCUGAUGAAAUGGGUUUGGGAAAAACCCUUCAAACUAUUUCUUUUCUUGGUUAUCUUAGAUAUGUUAGACAUAUUGAUGGUCCAUUUAUUGUUAUUGUUCCUAAAAGUACCCUUGAUAAUUGGAGACGAGAAUUUGCAAAAUGGACUCCUAGUGUUAAUGUUUUGGUAUUACAAGGUGAUAUGAAACAAAGAAAUAAACUUGUUAAAGAACAAGUUUUACAAGCUAAAUUCGAUGUAUUAAUCACAUCAUAUGAAAUUGUUUUACGUGAAAAAACUCAAUUAAAAAAGAUUAAAUGGGAAUAUAUAGUUGUUGAUGAAGCUCAUAGGAUUAAAAAUGACCAAUCUUUAUUAUCACAAAUUAUUAGAUUAUUUUAUUCAAGAAAUAGAUUAUUAAUUACCGGUACCCCUCUUCAAAAUAAUCUUCAUGAAUUAUGGGCAUUAUUAAACUUUUUAUUACCCGAUGUAUUUGGUGAUUCAGAACAAUUUGAUGAAACAUUUGAUAAUAGUGGUUCUUCAGAAGAGGAUAAACAACUUAAACAAGAUAAAUCAAUUCAAGAACUACACCAAUUAUUAGAUCCAUUUUUAUUAAGAAGAGUUAAAAGUGAUGUAGAAAAAUCAUUAUUACCUAAAAUUGAAGUUAAUGUUUAUACUGGUAUGUCAGAAAUGCAAAUUCAAUGGUAUAAAAAAUUAUUGGAAAAAGAUAUUGAUGCAGUUAAUGGAGUUGUUGGAAAAAGGGAAGGUAAAACAAGAUUACUUAAUAUUGUCAUGCAGUUGAGGAAAUGUUGUAAUCACCCUUAUCUUUUCGACGGAGCUGAACCAGGACCUCCAUUUACUACAGAUGAACAUCUAAUCUUCAAUUGUGGUAAGUUGAUCAUAUUAGAUAAAAUGUUGAAGAAAUUUAAAGCUGAAGGUUCAAGAGUUUUAAUAUUUAGUCAAAUGAGUAGAUUAUUAGAUAUACUUGAAGAUUAUUGUUAUUUCAGAGAAUAUGAAUAUUGCCGUAUUGAUGGUUCUACUGCUCAUGAAGAUAGAAUUGAUGCAAUUGAUGAAUAUAAUGCUCCUAAUUCAAGUAAGUUCGUUUUCCUUCUUACAACAAGAGCAGGUGGUUUAGGUAUAAAUUUAACAUCAGCUGAUAUUGUUAUAUUAUAUGAUACAGAUUGGAAUCCACAAGUUGAUUUACAAGCCAUGGAUAGAGCUCAUCGUAUAGGACAAAAAAAACAAGUUAAAGUAUAUAGAUUUAUUACAGAAGAUGCUAUUGAAGAAAAAGUUUUAGAAAGAGCUGCUCAGAAAUUAAGAUUGGAUCAAUUGGUUAUUCAACAAGGUAGGCAAAUUACAAAUAAUAUUGGAAGUACUAAAGAUGAUUUAAUUGGUAUGAUUCAACAUGGUGCUAAAUCUGUUUUUGAAAAAUCUGAAGGUAAACAAAAUUCAUUAACGGAUGAUGAUAUUGAAGGAAUUUUAAAAAGAGGUGCAGAGAAAACAGCAGAAUUAAAUAAUAAAUAUAAUAAACUAGGGUUAGAAGAUUUACAAAACUUUGCGUCUGACGGUUCAGCUUAUGAAUGGAAUGGUCAAGAUUUUAGAAAAACUCAUGGCUCAGGUUUAGGUGCUAACUGGAUUAAUCCAUCAAAAAGAGUUAGAUCUCAACAUACAUAUUCAGUUGAUAAUUAUUAUAAAGACGUUUUAAAAGCACCAGUGGCAACUAAAGAUAAGCAAAAAGUAUUAACUAGACCAAAAGCUCCAAAAACUUUUAAUAUUCAAGAUCAUCAAUUUUUCCCAAAUGGUUUACAAGAACUUUUAGAAAGAGAACAAUUGGCAUAUAAAAAAGAAAUUGGAUUUGAAUAUUCAAUUGAUGAUUUUGGAGAUUCAGAUGAAGAAUUCAUUGUUGAUGAAGAUAAAGAUGAAUUAUCAAGAGUUGAAAAGAGAAAUAUUGAACAAAAGAAGGUUGAUGAAGCAGAACCAUUAACUGAAGAAGAAGUUGAAUUGAAAAAUAAAUUAUUGGAAGAAUCAUUUGUUGAUUGGUCAAAAAGAGAUUUUACUACAUUUAUUCAUUCUACUGCAAAAUAUGGAAGAGAAGCAUAUGCAAAAAUUGCUAAAACACUUGGUAAAACUCCUGAAGAUGUUGAAAGAUAUUCUAAUAAAUUUUGGACAGAUUAUAAACUAAUUGAUGGUUAUGAAAAAUAUUUAUCACAAAUUGAUACUAUGGAAAAGAAGAAGGAAAAAUUGUUUAAUCAACAACAAUUAUUAUCUAAAAAAUUAGCCGAAUUAAGAGAUCCACUUGAUGAAUUAAAAGUUCAAUAUCCACCAAAUAAUUCAAAACGUGUUUAUUCACAAAUUGAAGAUAAAUUUUUAUUAAAUUGUGUUAAUAAAUAUGGUUUACAAACUGAACAUUUAUAUGAAAAAAUUAAAAAUGAUAUAAUUAGAAGCGAUUUAUUUAAAUUUGAUUGGUAUUUCCAAUCAAGAACUCCUCAAGAAAUUGGUAGAAGAAUAACAACUUUAUUAUUGGCAAUUUCAAAAGAAGCUGAAGGUCCAAAUGUAAAAAAGAGAAAAAACCAAGAAAGUAAUAAUAGUUCAAGAAUUGGAAGUAUUGAACCAGGAAAUGAAGAAGAAAAUAAAAGAGCUAAAAUAUAUAUUAAUCAAUAUUAA